CCAUGCUCCUCACCAUGAUGAUUCUGGAAUCUAACCCUCAGGAACCACAAUCUUCAAACGUUUUCUCAUAUAUUGCCUUGGAUAUGGGGUCUUAGGAUGGCACCUUGGUCUGUUCCCUCAAGCUUGUCAAAGCUCAGAAUAACCUGAGAACCAGACAUCAGGAUGGCAGGGGCUCUGCUUGGGGCCUUACUUCUCCUGACACUCUUUGGCAGAAGCCAGGGUAAGAAUGAAGAGCUUAGGCUGUAUCACCAUCUCUUCGACAAUUAUGACCCAGAAUGCCGGCCAGUUAGGAGACCUGAGGACACUGUCAACAUCAGCCUCAAGGUCACCCUAACCAACCUCAUCUCACUGAACGAGAAAGAAGAAACUCUGACCACCAAUGUCUGGAUUGGAAUUGAAUGGUAUGACUAUCGGCUCAACUUCCGUGGGGACGAUUUUGCAGGUUUAAAAGUUCUGCGGGUUCCUUCAGACCAUGUAUGGCUGCCAGACAUUGUUCUAGAAAACAAUAUUGAUGGGCAGUUUGGAGUGGCGCACGACUGCAAUGUUCUUGUCUCUGAGGGAGGCAGUGUGUACUGGCUGCCCCCAGCCAUCUACCGGAGCACCUGUGCAGUGGAGGUUACCUAUUUCCCCUUCGACUGGCAGAACUGCUCUCUCAUUUUUCGCUCCCAGACCUACAAUGCUGACGAGGUGGAGUUCAUCUUUGCAUUGGAUGACAAUAACAACGCCAUCAACAAAAUUGAGAUUGACACUGCGGCUUUUACCGAGAAUGGAGAAUGGGCCAUCGACUACUGCCCAGGCAUGAUUCGCCACUAUGAGGGAGGCGCCACAGAAGGCCCCAGAGAAACUGACAUCAUCUACACACUCAUCAUCCGCCGGAAGCCGCUUUUUUAUGUCAUUAACAUCAUUGUGCCUUGUGUGCUCAUUUCUGGCUUGGUGCUGCUAGCUUACUUCCUGCCUGCACAGGCUGGUGGCCAGAAAUGCACAGUCUCUAUCAACGUCCUGCUAGCCCAGACUGUCUUCUUGUUUCUAAUUGCCCAGAAAAUUCCAGAGACGUCUCUGAGCAUGCCGCUGCUAGGCAGGUAUCUUAUUUUCGUCAUGGUGGUUGCCACGCUCAUUGUCAUGAAUUGCGUCAUCGUGCUCAACGUAUCUUUGCGGACGCCAACAACUCAUGCCACAUCUCCUCGGCUGCGCCAGAUUUUAUUAGAGCUACUGCCGCGUCUCCUGGGCUCGAGCCCACCCCCAGAAGAUCCCCGAACUGCCUCACCAGCGAGGCGUGCCUCGUCUGUGGGCAUUCUGCUCAGAGCGGAAGAGCUCAUCUUGAAAAAACCGAGGAGCGAAAUCGUGUUUGAGGGGCAGAGGCAUCGGCAUGGAACUUGGACUGCAGCAGCCCUCUGCCAGAACCUGGGUGCUGCAGCCCCUGAGAUCCGCUGCUGUGUGGAUGCUGUGAACUUUGUGGCUGAGAGCACAAGGGACCAGGAAGCCACUGGAGAGGAACUAUCCAACUGGGUGCGUAUGGGGAAAGCCCUCGACAACGUCUGUUUUUGGGCAGCUUUGGUGCUCUUCAGCGUCGGUUCUACUCUCAUCUUCCUUGGAGGUUACUUCAACCAAGUUCCUGAUCUCCCCUACCCACCGUGCAUCCAACCUGAGCCGAAACCAACAGCAGCACCCACCACGCCCCCACCCCCCACGGAGGAGAUUUUGACAACACGCUGCAAAUAAAUGUGGUUUGUGAACUUGCA